AUGCUCGAAAACCCUACGCCUGCAGCAACUCCCGCCGAUUCCUCCGCCACCGUCAAGAGAUAUGCUCCUCCCAAUCAAAGGAACCGGUCUCUCAACAGGCGCAAAUCAGGAGAUCGAAUUGACCGCUUUAGCAGUUUUUAUGGAAAUGAUGGAGACAAGAUUCUAACACAUACCUCUUCAAGAAAUAUCCUGGGCGUAGAUCGUGGGGAUGCUGUAAUUCAAACACUUCAGAAUGAAAACUCACAGCGUGCUUUAGUAGCUUUAGAAGGGUGCUGUCACAGUGAUGCUUCUCAGCUGUUAAAUGAUCGUAAGUUCUACAUGCGACCUAUUGAAUAA